AUGGGCUCGUUCCACGCGCUGACCGUGCACAACAGACGCAAGCACGUCGUUGACACCAGCGAGCGGAACUACUGCGUCGAGUGCGACCUGCAGUUCACGAACAGGUGCAUACAGUGCGGUACACGAGCGGAACUACUGCGUCGAGUGCGACCUGCAGUUCACGAACAGGUGCAUACAGUGCGGUACAGUAGGUUCACACGCGCGACACACGCAGCCCUGCGACAUGGGCUGACCGUGCACAACAGACGCAAGCACGUCGUCGACACCAGCGAGCGGAACUACUGCGUCGAGUGCGACCUGCAGUUCACGAACAGUUUGCUGUACAAUGAACACGUGAAACGGAGCACGAAACACCGCAUUAAACCCAGAGUGCCGUGCCCAUCGUGCGACAAGACGUACAGCAAGCGGUGCUACAUGAUGAACCAUUUCAAUCUGGAGCACCUCAAGGAGAGCAAGUUCGUCUGCCCCGUCUGCGACAGGAGAUUCCUCAACGGGUUCCGUCUGCGGUACCACCUGAAGUAUUAUCACGAGAAGGCGCCCAAGCCCAAGAAUCACAUAUGCAGUUACUGCGGCAGGGGCUUCAACACUCGUCGCAUCCUGGACAACCACAUCCGCACGCACACGGGCGAGCGGCCGUUCGCGUGCGCGCGCUGCUCCGCGGCGUUCGCGCAGGCCACCGCGCUCAAGACGCACGAGCGGUCCGCGCACAAAUGAACGCACAAGCAGAGCGAGAUCAUCAUAGGAGCCCAGUCAGGGGGGUGUCAGUACGCAGUUUAGGUACAUUUGGCCGGCGGGCCGCUCGGGCCGGCGUAUGGCAGUGGGCGCCGCUCGACCGCACGAUAGUCGUGUCACGUGGCGCUCGCGCAAACAAGAUUCACGGUUCGUGCGCGGUUAUAAGAUUCAAUUUUGUUGCAGGCGGCGAGUAUAGGUAUUAUUUUAUAC